AGUGAUUGCUAGAUACAGACUAGAAGGAGACUAGUCUGUAAAAGGAAGCUUACUGGAAUUCCUCUAAGGGUGCCUGAGAAAAUCUCAGCCCUUGGUGUGUUUGGAUGCAGAGCUCUGCCUCCCACUCUCUUUCUGCUGUGCUUUUGUAACACUGACAGACCCCGGUUCUCAGCAAGCAGGAUCGAACCUGGGACCUCUGGAGCUAAAUGCCUGAGACUCUACUGCAUGAGGCUAAAGCUGGCACGGCUCUGCCCACCUGCACUACAAUCACACCUUCACUUGCUGGGUAGACGCACCCUGAGAUGUUUCUGUGGAGCCCAGAACUGUGCUGGUUGUUCCCCACCCAUGCCUGGGGGCCUGCCUGGACACUGCUUCUAAUUGCCAGAUAUCAGGAAGCUCUGCUGACCCAAUUGCUUCCUGGAUUGAGCCCUCCCACUCUUCCACUUCUCUCUCUGGCUGGGUUCUAUAUAAAAUGCUCCAAGACGUGCAGGAGGAUCAGGGUGAGGUUCAGCUCAGCAGAGGCUGAGAUCCAUCGCUCCGACGACAGGAAAGGAACAAGGACUUGGGUGAAUCCAGUGACAGACGUGGCCAUGGCCCUGAGGAGACCCGGCCCCUUGCUCUUCCUGACCCUCAUCCUGCUGGCCGCUGGACUCGCACAGCUCAUCAGACCACCCGACAGCUACCGAAAGUUUGUGAGCGAACACGUUGAUUUCCCCAAGACCAGACCCCCCAGUGGCCAGAGCUACUGCGACCACAUGAUGAGGCGCCUGAGCCAGAAGAUCCAUAUGUGCAAACUCACCCACACCUACAUCCACGCCCCCGCCAGCCAGCUCCGGGCCAUCUGCACCACUGGAGGGAGAUGCAACCAAUACAACGAAUGCGACAGCAAUGCAGCCUACCCCCUCACCACCUGCCAGGUGCGCAGCCCCCCCCGCCCACCGAGCUGUGUCUACAGGGGAAUACCCCAGACCCGCAGGAUCCGUGUGGCCUGUAACCGGGGGCUGCCUGUGCGCUUCAUCAGAGUCCUGUAGAGCCCAGGUGCUGGUCAUGGGCUCGGAGCAGGGGGUCCCCUGCUCUCCCCAUUCGCUCCAGUGCAGACCCCUGUCACUGGGGGCUCUCCUGCCCCGUCCCUGCCUCCUGGGCAGUGCUCGCCACAGGGAUAUUUAGCAUCUCCCCUUAUCCCACAGGCCGGCAGCUUGGGGCCUGCGGAGGAACUUCCCACACUAGGUGCCCAGUUCCCAGACACAUGAGUGAAAAUCUGGGUGCCCACCCUCUCUCCCCUGGCUGGCACUGAGACCCUCAUUCUGAGCCCAGUGUCUGCCUCGCUGAGCAGGAUCCAAACACAACUGCCCUGAACUUGAGCUGGGCUGCCCUGAACCCAACAGGGGAGGGGGCCAAGCAGCUCUGAAACCUCAGAUUGAUUUGGUUCGGGUGCCCUAUUUUAGUCUCCCAGGAUAGAUCAAUAUCCCAGUAAACCCCUUGAUGGCCGCCCCUUCGCCAUCCCCCACUCCCUGCUGCCCCUAGUGCCCAUUAUACUGUACAGCCCUUCCCCAUCCCUGAUCCACUGGAUGCUGUGUGGAUGUUGUCUCAGGUUGAGCCCUGGGGAAGCUGUCACCGAGUUCAAUUUUUUCACUGCUUCUUGCAAUAAAAUAUUUUCCUGCAAACGCAGAA